AGCAGUGUCAUCUUCAUGGCUGUCCUUGUGCCAUGUCUGACACCGUCGAUGAGGAGAAUUUGCAGGACCGAAGACUUGAAUGUUUUCGAAGUUGUCCGAGGCCAAAGAGGAGCUAACGCAGAAGGUGAUUGAGCUCACUAAGGCAUUGGUCUUCCUGUACACCCGGCAAGAUGGGCAUGAUGUCCGUCUUGCGGCGUUGAAAGAUGCCAAGGCCAAGGAGGUUGCAGAAGUCACUUCCUGGGUGUCAGAGAAAGUGCAAGCUCAUCAUCAGGAGGUAUCUGAGGUCAGCAAUCGGCUUAGUGGUCGAGUGGAGGACCUGGAACGAAAGUACGCCUCACGCGUACGCGAGGCAAAGAGUUCCCUGGAAGAUCUCAAGGAGGUGAUGCGGAGAAAGGAGAAGGCCUCCGAAGGCCUGGUAUCCUCCUGGAGUCAUCACUCGGGCCGCCGUCAUCAUGCCCUGCAGCUGCGGAAGGAUGCGGAGGAUCUCCGCAGGAAGCUGCAAAUCGCCGAGGCGCGUGCCGGUUGUGAUGAGCAGUGGCUAGUGCGGCAAAUUGCCGCAGAGACGCAGCGAGGAAGACAGGAACUGGAGAGAAGGUUCGAAGAAAGGAGCAAAGAGCUGAAAUCGGAACAGCUACAGGUUUUAGAGCAGCUGCGAGGCCAAAGGGAGCAUCGCAUCAACGAGCUGCGAGAAGAACUGGACCAGGAGCGACAGGAAGCCAGCGCCCAGGCAGAGGAGGCUCUGCAGGAGGCUGUAAGAAGACAGGAGUUGAGCUUUCAGGUGGAGCGUGAAAAUCUCGAAGUGGUACAGGAGCGUCAGAGUGCGUCCCUGAAUGAGGCACGCGAGGAAGUCUUGGUAGCAAAGGCUCAGUGUGAGGAGAGGCAAAGAGUGCUAGAUGAGAUGUCGCGCGAGCUUCAAGAGAGGAAGCGCCAUGGGCAGAUGAUGUCCAAAGAGGCAGACCUGGCCCAUAGCCGCAAACUGCGGCAAGAGAGCGAAGGGCAACAGUUACGAAGGAAGAAGAUGGCCCUGGAGCGCAGCUUGGGCGUGAAAGCUGCGGCCGCCUAUGCUGAGCACGAAGAUGGCGCCACAGAGCGCGCCGUGCAGAGUUUGUCGGAAGACUUGCGCCAAGCCAUGGUGCACUUGGAGGAUCUGCGAGGUGACCUUGCGCGGAAGAAACGCCAAGCGCAGGAGCGCCAGUCUCUGGUGGAAGAGCGGCAGCUCCGAAGUCAGCAGCUCAACGAGGACUUGACGUCAGAAAGAAAGCGCUCAGAUGAAAUGCAACGUGUGCUGCUUCGUCUGGAGCAAGGCCUUUGAGGACAAUGCCUCUGCCGAGACCGGUGUUCCAAUGGCACAAGAUGCUGAAAACCAGCUGUUUUGUGCGGAAGAGCAUCCAAUUAGCUGGUGCAAAAACAAGUUUGUCUGAGCUCAGAUGGUUGGGAAAA